AUGGAACUUAGAAAUGAGAUUCUUGAAGAGGUUCAUACUACUCCAUAUUCCCUGCAUCCCGGCAUCACCAAGAUGUAUCAAGAUCUUAAACCCUACUUUUGGUGGAACAGAAUGAAGAAGAAUGUGGUAGAAUUUGUAGCGAGAUGCCUAACUUGUCAGCAGAUUAAGGCUGAACAUCAGAAACCAGCAAGACUGUUCCAGCCUUUAACUUUACCUGAGUGGAAAUGGGAGGAUAUCCCAAUGGACAUUGUGGUUGGAUUACCCAGAACCACGAGAUUAUUUGAUUCAACUUGGGUUGUGGUAGAUCGGUUUACGAAAUCUGCUCAUUUUCUACCAGUUAAGACAAACUUGUCAGUGGAUCAGUAUGCGGAUAUAAAGUGUAGGUCUCCCAUUCCUUGGGAUGAGACACGGGAGAGGAAAUAUCUAGGUCUGGAAUCAGUACAACAGACUAAUGAAGCAAUUGAGAAGAUUAAAGCCAGAAUACUUACUUCUCAAAGCAGGCAAAAGAGUUAUGCACAUCCAAAACGCAGAGAUUUUGAAUUUCAAGUAGGGGAUCUUAUGUUCCUACAUGUGUCUCCUAUGAAAGGGAUCAAGCAUUUCGGGAAGAGAGGUCUUGAAGGUUUGACUGAGUUUGGAAACGAUUCGGUUAGGGGAGGAAAACCUUCCAGACCUGCAUAUUUUGCAGCAGGGGGAAUACCGGUUUUUCAGCUUGUCGUUUCGUGUCUGUUUCUUGUUUCUAGUUGGUUGAUUCCCUCCUAG